GUGUGGGGGUGGCCGCCCUCCUGGACCUGGUCCUCCUGGUCUCCACCUACGCCCCGGUCACCGCCCAGCUGGGGACCUACGCCUUCAUCGCCCUCUCCCGCCAGCCCUACCAGUGGGGGUCAUGUGACCUGCUCAAGCACGUGACCGUGCAGGGGGAGGUCUGUGUGGAGGAGCUCACGGCAACCGCUAUCGGACCUGUGGGGGCAACAUUCCAUCGACCGGAGGAGAUCUUCUAUAAUGUGUGUGGGUGCUGGUGUCGCUGUUUGUGGGCUGUGGCGCACGUGUGUGUGGAUGG